GUAGCGAUAUCAAAACAAAGUGCCUUCGUAGGGAGGAUGUAGGGUGUUUAUGUAUCCAGUUUUGGUCACGAUUUCUUUUCUAUUUCUCUGAUUUAAAUUGUUUUAAUUCAUCUUUACUGAUAUUGGUAAACACGCUCCUUGACAGUAGUUCGGCAUUUUUAGAGAACCAUCGCCGAAGAGAACUCAAAUUCUCAAUGCAUUUUGGUCGACGACCUUCAAAGAGAGAUUUCAAUUGAGACUUCGAAAUUUUAAAGUUUGUGCAUUCUUGUCGGCAACUUUGAACGAGGAGGACCUCCGGUGUUGUAUUAGUUUAAAUUAGUUAUAUUUUCUGCCCUUCGUCGCAACAUUUGAUCUUCACAAUGUUUACUUUCGCACGGACUUUGAGACUUGCUGAUGGAAUUCUCCGAUCCAGUGGAGCCAGCAGGUCGAUUGCUAGCCUGUCGGCGCUUUCCGAGACUCAUCAGAUGCUCCAGAAGACUUGCCGUGAUUUUGCUGACAACGAGUUGAAGCCAAAUGCCGCGAAAUUCGACAGGGAGCACCUGUACCCCGCCGAGCAGAUUAAGAAGAUGGGGGAGCUGGGCCUAAUGGCGGUAGCGGUCCCCGAGGAAUAUGGCGGGACUAACCUUGAUUAUGUCGCUUACGCGAUUGCUAUGGAGGAAAUCUCGCGUGGCUGUGCAUCGGCUGGGGUUAUUAUGUCUGUGAACAACUCUCUCUACUUGGGACCGAUAAUGGCGUUCGGCAAUGAUGCGCAAAAGAAACAAUUCGGAACUCCGUAUGCAACUGGGGAUGCAGUUGGCUGUUUUGCUCUUUCUGAACCUGGAAAUGGAUCAGAUGCGGGAGCAGCCUCAACUACGGCAACCCUAAAGGGUGAUAAAUACAUACUCAAUGGAACCAAGGCUUGGAUUACAAACGGCUACGAGUCAGGAGCGGCUGUCGUAUUUGCAACGACCGACAAAAGUUUGAAACACAAAGGAAUCUCCGCUUUCAUUGUGCCUAAAGGACUGAAAGGUUUCACUCUGGGAAAAAAAGAAGACAAACUCGGCAUCAGAGGGUCAUCAACUUGCUACCUCAUUUUUGAAGACUGCGAAAUUCCUAAGGAGAAUCUACUCGGUACUGCCGGGCUUGGGUUUAAAAUUGCCAUGCAAACAUUGGACGCGGGUCGGAUAGGUAUUGCAGGACAAGCUCUAGGCAUCGCUCAAGCCUCCCUUGAGCUUGCUGUAGAUUACGCGGAUAAACGACAAGCCUUCGGGAAACCAAUCUCGAAACUACAAAUGAUUCAAGAUAAAAUCGCUAAAAUGGCGCUCAGAAUUGAAUCGGCUCGUCUGCUCACGUGGCGCGCGGCUUGGCUGAAGGAUAAUAAGAAACCGUUCACGAAAGAAGCUGCCAUGGCCAAGUUGGCCGCAUCUGAGGCGGCUACUUUCUGCUCACACCAAUGUAUACAGGUUUUGGGGGGUAUGGGAUACGUUUCAGACAUGGCAGCGGAACGUCAUUACCGAGAUGCAAGGAUCACCGAAAUUUACGAAGGCACUUCUGAAAUUCAGCACUUGGUCAUUGCAGGAGCAGUUAUUAAGGAAUUGGCGUAGAAUAGAACUUUGAUAUUUGCAUUUGGAUAUGUUGUAACCUUUUAAGACCAUUUUAUAAGAAUAAAGUAUUUUUGAGACAUCGAAUCAGA